CAUUUGCCAGAGGCAGCACAACAAGCACAGCACCCACGCAGAGCGGCGCUCGCUCUCCGCCCCGCUCCGCCACACUCCCCAGAGCGCAGAUCUCUCGCAGCAGCUCGGCCUCGCGAUUCCGCAGGAGAGUGUUGUACUCCGCGCCGGCGGCGCCGAUUCGAUCUGACGGGCGCGCAGCGGAAGGCUGGAGGAGGGCACUAGGAGCUGAGGGGGAGGCUAGGGUUAGGGUUCCGGCGCGAUGCAGCGCCCGGGACGACUUCAGCGGUCGGGGUCCAAGCGUGGGCUGGACCCCACCGGUAGCGGCGACGACGACGACCAUGCGCCCAAGCGCCCGCGCGUCCCCGCCCUGGCUAGUGUCAUUGUGGAAGCUCUCAAGAUGGACAGUUUGCAGAAGCUCUGUUCAUCGCUCGAGCCCAUUCUCCGAAGAGUGGUAAGUGAAGAAGUAGAGCGUGCUUUAGCCAAACUGGGUCCUGCUAUUCAAGGAAGAUCCUCCCCCAAAAGAAUUGAAGGCCCUGAUGGAAGAAAUCUUCAGCUUCAGUUCAGAAGUCAGUUGGCUCUUCCAAUCUUCACUGGUGGGAAAGUUGAAGGUGAGCAGGGCGCAGCUAUACAUGUCGUGCUGUUGGAUGCAAACACUGGAUGUGUUGUUACUUCAGGACCUGAGUCGUUUGCAAAACUGGAUAUCCUUGUGCUUGAGGGCGACUUUAAUAAAGAGGAAGAUGAGGAUUGGACAGAAGAAGAGUUUGAAAGUAAUAUUGUCAAGGAGCGUGAAGGGAAGAGGCCUCUUUUGACAGGUGACCUGCAAGUGACUCUUAAAGAAGGUGUUGGAACCAUAGGGGAGCUUACCUUCACUGACAACUCCAGCUGGAUAAGAAGCAGGAAAUUCAGACUUGGGCUGAGGAUUGCUCCUGGCUUUUAUGAAGGCAUUCGUGUCCGAGAAGCCAAGACAGAAGCUUUCCCCGUUAAGGAUCACAGAGGAGAAUUGUACAAAAAGCACUACCCACCUGCGCUGAAGGAUGAUGUUUGGAGAUUAGAAAAGAUUGGCAAGGAUGGUGCAUUCCACAAGAAGUUAAAUGCUAGUGGGAUCUAUACAGUUGAAGAUUUUCUCCGGCUUCUUGUUAGGGAUCAGCAGAGAUUACGUACUAUUCUGGGCAGUGGAAUGUCAAAUAAGAUGUGGGACAGCCUUGUUGAGCAUGCAAAGACAUGUGUCUUAAGUGGAAAGCAUUAUGUAUACUAUGCUAGAGACUCGAGAAACGUGGGUGCAAUAUUCAAUAACAUCUAUGAGUUCACUGGUUUGAGUGCCGAUGAUCAGUUCAUUUCAGCUGAAAAUCUCACAGACAAUCAGAAGGUCUAUGCUGAUGCAUUGGUAAAGAAAGCAUAUGAGGACUGGAUGCAAGUUGUAGAAUAUGAUGGCAAGGCACUCCUGAGUUUCAAGCAGAAAAAGAAAUCUGUCACAACACGAAGCGAUGCUGCAGCUGCCUCAACAAGCAAUCCUGCUUCAUAUGGUUCGACCAAUUCACAGAAACAAAUGUCCCUUCCAGCAAAAGCUGGACUAACUUCCUCGGCGGGUACUAUGAAUGAAGCAGAUGGAACUAGAAAUGCAUACAAUGCAAAUGGAAACCAGUCAGCAAGAUAUGCAGCCAACACGAACAUUCCUGCAAACAUCACCAUGCAAUAUGACAGGAGUGCAGUGUCUCCUGAAAGCCAGUUUAGUGGUUCAUCCCUUCAGAGUCAAGCUUCAAGAGGGUCCAAUAUGCUAGCACUGGGCCCUUCGCAGCAACAUCAAAGUUUUGAAUUCCCAGCACUUGGCCAGUCCUUGCAGCCAACAGGCCUGAAUCCUUUUGAAGAAUGGCCACAGCAACAGGAGAACUGUGGUGGUAUUGAUGACUACCUGACGGAGGAGAUCAGGAUGAGGAGCCAUGAGAUUCUGGAAAACGAAGAAAUGCAGCAAAUGUUGCGGCUUCUGAGCAUGGGUGGUGCAGGAACCAACCUAACUGAAGAUGCCUUCAAUUUCCCCUCAUACAUGCCUGCACCUUCACCAAACUUGAGCUAUGAGGAUGACCGCACCCGUGCACCUGGGAAAGCUGUUGUCGGGUGGCUCAAGAUCAAGGCUGCUAUGCGGUGGGGCAUCUUUGUCAGGAAGAAGGCAGCUGAGAGAAGAGCUCAGCUUGUUGAGCUUGACGACUAGAAAGUAACAGCUGGAAGCAUGUGCACUCGAGCUGUUCAUGUACCAAAGUUUCAUUGAUGAUGUUUGUGGAUCCGGAUGGGCUCAGCUAAUGUCCCUUAGGAGGACAGUUCUGGUCCUGACCUUAAUUAUGGACAAAACUCUCUCCAUUUUUCUCCUUCUGUAUAGCCCUUUUACCAUUUAAAAUGUGUUGUUUGUUUAGUGUGAUGCUAGCCCUGUUAUGAACCUUAAAACAGGUAAACAUUGGCAUUUUGCAUCCUUUUCUCCGGCAUUAAAUAGCUGUCCACCUCAGACUUACAUCCAGUGGGAGGUAUUUGCUGGGGUCUUGCCUUAUGCUCCACGGA